GCCGCCAUCACAGCUGCGCCCAUCGGCAUCACGUCUCAGCUCUCGCAGCCGACCGAGUGGCAUCAGACCUGUAGCCGGUUUAUGUGCCGGGAGGAGUGGGCCAACGAGAGCCACCGCUACGCCUACACAAUAACUUUGUUGACGCUCCAAUACAUAUUCCCAGUAAUAUGUCUGCUGGUGACGUAUACUAUGAUUGUGUACAUGGUGUGGAAUCGAGCCCAGCCUGGUGAGGAAUACCACCUAAGGGAAGUACGCGCGCUGAACGCCCGAAGGAAGGUUAUCGUUAUGAUGAUCGCUGUCGUUACAGCAUUUAUGAUUUGUUGGCUGCCACUGAACGUUCUCCUACUAGUGGUCGAGCACCAGCCGGCGAUCGAGCAGUGGGCCGGCCUGCCGUACUUGUACCUGUUCUGCCACUGGUUUGCCAUGUCGCACGCGUGUUGCAACCCCAUCAUCUACAGUUGGCUCAACGCGCGAUUCAGAGCCGGCUUCUGCCUCGGCCUGUCCAAGAUGCCAGUCAUCGGCAAGUGGAUCCCACACCACACUAUACUAGACGCUGCCGACCUCGUGGCUGGCCGUUCGAGGAGGCCUUCCCUGAGACCAGACCUGGCGGCUCAGCAGCGCCCCUUCGCCAACCGCGCGUCGCGCCCGACGUCGCUGUCUACGGCGACGACCACGUGGAGCGCCGAUUCGCCGUUGGCCACAGACGCCACGUUCCGCUUCCCGGAGACGCAGCAGCCGGCCCCUGCCCUGCGCCGCUCCCGGUCUGUAGCGAGCAGCUCGAGGCCCAGAACAAGGAACAGUACCGAGCAGCCCUUAACAGACUUGGACAUAGGCGCGGUCUUAACACCGCCCUCACGCCCGCUACUCACUCGACAGAGCAGCGUACCACCUCAACGAGCUCUCUGCCAGUACCAGGAUAUAGAAGAGGAAGCAACUGACGUGGUGCAAGAGAACGGAGGGAGGAUUUGGCCUAUUGGAAACAAUCCCAGCUCCAGCCGUCACUCGAGGUCCUUUAGGCGACGCACGACCUCAGCACCGUUAGUAGAGCCCACAGUCCACAACCAGACCAUGCAACGUAGACGACAGGCAGAAUCACCAUCCCCAUCUAGUUCUAACGAAAUGGAUAUUGAAGACGUGACUGAGGUCGCAGAGGCCGACCAGCACUGGAUGUUUGCUCGUGUAUACGGUCCCAGCACCAGUCGUGGCUCGGGGCACGUCUCACGUCGCGCCACCUCCGCGCCGUCAGUGGAGACUACGAUCGAGAUGCAGAACAUGCACCGCAGCAGGCGGGACGCCGAGUCCUCCUCGCCGCAGGCCCGAUCAUUUGUCACAAGGCAGACCGCCCAGCAGGGCAGCAUUAAUGGUUCAGUGACGACGUCUCCUCACCGCCGCAUGUCCCGCAGACUGACGGCAUCGGCACGUGACGAGCAGCUGAGACGCCACGCGCAGGACUUGGCCCCCCUGGCGCGCAGCAGCUCGGGCUCUCGGAGUCCUUCCCCACGUCCUGCUCGAGUGUCUCUCAGGAAGUACAAGUCGGUGCGCAAUGCGCAACAGCGGGGCGGCGACGAAGCCUCUGUUACGCUGCAGGUUGAAAGCAGCUCAGAUUCAGAGAGCCCUGUCGUGCGCUUUAUUAGACGCAUUGCGUGCAGAGAGGAAACAGAGGCCGGAAUGGAGACACGGCGGGGACCUGAGGCCGAGUCGUUGCCUCCACCUCCGCCUCCGCCACCGCGGACCAACUCAAUCGGGCUGCCAGCCGUUUGCUUCGAUCUCCAGCGUCCGGCUCCAGCAAACGACUUUCAAGGACACCUGGAACACGCUUUGCGGACGGUUGCCUGACGAACGGUUGGGGCUGUUGCCCUCGUAGGUCGUUCCGGACCUGAGGGACAGCGCCUAACGUUCAACUCGCUGACCACACACAUCGAGGAGGCUGUGGAGCAAACACGCCUCGAAUACGAUAUGAAGAGGCGUCGCGGCGAGAGGGACCGUAGGUGCCUAGAGCGCCUCGAAGCACAGCGGCAGGCUCUGUGCGCCAGUGCCGGCAGCGCUGAGAGCGUGCAGCCUGAUCCACAGCAGC